AAAUUGAUACAUUUAAAAUAAUCUAGAGUUUUGGUUCUUUGUUUUGUUUAUUGUUUUCUGCAUAGUCUCUUGUCCACACUCCAGUCCAGUUGGUGGCGGUAAUGCACCUACAAGUUGGUUUGCCAACCGCCAAUAAACACUGAAGAAGAAUAAAAGCAAGAGAAGAAGACGCAGGCGGAAGUGUAGUGGAAAACAUGGCGGCGUCCUAUACACACAUUUAGGACAAACUAACAACAGUGACAGAAACGUAGCCAAAGCCCGCCCAUGACCCUGGAGACAUGUCGCAGUGAGCGGAGCCGCUGUCAGGAUGUGGCUGCUGGGCAGGACCGCGGCGCUGCGCUGCCUGCGGGCCGGAGGGAGGCCCGCGGCCCGCAGGCUCUCCUCCUCCGGACCCCCCUGGAGGCUGCUGUUCUUCGGCUCAGACCACUUCGCUGUGGAGUCUCUGAAAGUGCUCACAUCCAACAGGAGCUCCAGUGGGGGGGUGGUGGAGACCCUUGAGGUGGUGGCUCUGCCGGGGGACGUCCCGGUGAAGAGGUUCGCUCUACAGAACCAGCUCCCAGUCCACAGCUGGCCCCCCCACCCUAUGGAUGGACAGUUUGAUGUGGGGGUGGUGGUGUCCUUCGGCUGUUUGCCUCCCGGAGAAGCUCAUCACAAGUUCCCACAUGGGAUUCUGAAUGUCCACCCCAGCCUGCUGCCUAGGUGGAGGGGCCCGGCCCCCAUCUUCCACACCAUCAUGCAUGGUGAUGCUGUGACGGGGGUCUCCAUCAUCCAGAUCCGCCCUCACAGGUUUGAUGUGGGCCCCCUCCUCCAGCAGGAGCUCCAUCAGGUCCCUGAAGGCUGCACUGCAGACCAGCUGGAAGCAGCCCUCUCCUCUAAAGGAGCACACCUGCUGCUUGAUACCCUGAGGACUCUGUCUGAGAGAAUAGCUCAGAAAAGAGAGCAAAGCCAGAGCGGGGGAACAUUUGCCCCCAAAAUCAAUGCCUCCAUGAGCUGGGUGGAGUGGGAGGAGCAGACCUGUGAUCAGAUCAGCUGUCUGCAUUGCGCCAUCGGCUCGCGGAUUCCUCUGAGGACCACGUGGAUGGGAAGGACCAUAAAGCUGCUGGACUUUGUAGGAAGAUGUCACAUUUCAUUAUUAGAUGAGAGGAGCAGAGCGGCCCCCGGCUCAGUGAGCUACCAGAAGGAGUCCAACACUCUGGCUGUGAGCUGUAAGGACGGCUGGGUGGGCUUCAGGUCUGUGCUCCUGAAGAAGAGGCUGACAGCAGGGGACUUCUAUAACGGCUACCUGCACCAGACCCUGCACAGGAAGUCAGCCUGUGACAUCACCAGAGCACAGUUCAUCACCAGGAAACAUGGAGGAGACGCAAAGGACAUGAGAGAGGACUCUACGUCAUGAUGCUUCCUCUUCAAUAUGAACACUACAGAUAUCAGCUGCUGGGAUUUACUGUAUUUCGUGUGUUACUCUGUCUGUUUAAGACAUCUGCAGGUACAGUGUGACUAGUUGUACUAUACUUUACUUUUAUUGCAAUAAAUGAUAUUGCUGCUGAUUUAUUUCAGGACUAAGACAGAAAGCGUAUCACACUCCAAACAUUAGCAUUGUGAGCAUGUUAGCUUCCUGAUUUCAUUUAGCUCACAAUCUGAUUGCAGCCUCACAGUCCGACAGCUGGACACUCGUAUCAGGUUAACAUGAAUUCACACUGAUAAAGACAACACUUUGUACGAGUAUAUAUAUUUAUGUUCGGCUUCUGUGAUUGGCUACAUAAAAUGCAUUGUUAAUUGUCUUGAGUUUUGAAUAUUAAGAACAAUGUUAUAAUAAUGAUUUACCCUCAAUAUGCCAGCUGUGACACGAUACAAGGUCAUAUGUUAGAGGCAAGCAUUAUGUGGAGGGAGACCUGUGGAACAUACAGUAUAACAGGCGGCUUGUGGCGCAGUGGAUAGAGCCUUGGUGUUGGGACCAGGGGGUCACAGGUUCAAACCCACUGCAGUCAGCAUGUCGUUGUGUCCCUGGGACACCAAAGUGCUCCUGCACAGUAUUGAGUAUGGAAGUCGCUUUGGAUGAAAGAGUCUAACAAGCAACAUGUAAUAACACAUACUUCUCACCGUGAGUGGAUUGUCUUCAUGAAUAAAUGGCAGCGAUGACAUGGUGCCUUUUUCCAUCCAUUUAAAAGUCCUGUUCACAGACCUUUGUUUCAAAGGCACAAUAAUGAAAAUAAACAUAUCAGAAACAUA